AUGGCGAUGUCGACAGAUUCGGAGUCGGAUUAUUUUGAUGAUGACGACUUCGUAGUUCCCUCAAGCCAGGAUGGGCCCUCCACCCAUCCCCCAAAGCGCCGUCGCGUUGAACAUAAGCGGGGAGAUCAAGGCGACGGUUCCUCGGUCGAUUCGUUUUCAGAUAUGGAAGAUGAUGAUUUACCAUCUCGGCGUCGGGACUCACCUAUCGACUUUGAGGAACACCACGGCCGUUCCAAUAACAAGAGCUGUGUGUUGAGAAAUGCUCAUAUCGAGAAUGAAAUGUUUGUCACACAACUCACACAGCCCUCCUCGAGUCCAGAACGAAUAAGAGGUCCACGAUGGCAGAAGCCUAGUGCGAAACCACCCCCACCGAAAUUUGAUCAGCACUCAGUACAACAUAGUGGAAGGGAGGCACAGAAUUUGGUCCAUGAUGAUGAUGAUGAUGAUGAGGGGUUCAGCGCUGCUAUUGCGGCUUCCUUGAAUUCCUUUGAGGAAGAGAAAACAAACCGAGCAAGUUUCCAAGCCCAAGGCUUUUCGAAUAUGGCUCAGAUGAGAUCUGCUCCCCAGCAAACGACAAACAUGCCCAACACAGCAGAUGUUCCGUUUGAUUUGGAUGAAAUACCCGACGGUGCAUUUGAUUCCUCACCAGCAUUGUCACCGGUAGCACGACCACGAACGUUUGAACCCGUCGCCCCACAUUUCAGCCAAACCAGAGCUCCAAUCCGUCAACAAAAUUUACGGCAAAGCACCUUGUACGGCAUGAUUGCUGCAGACCCCGAACCCUCGGUACGCCAACAAGACUGGGGACCCCCACAGAAGGAUGAACCGCCGACCCAACACAAACUUGUGAAGGAGGCUAUGGGCACAUGGAUUUUUCCCACAAAUUUGGGCAAAACGAGAGAUUAUCAGUUCAACAUAACCCAAGCAGGCCUGUUUCAUAACUUGCUCGUGGCCUUGCCAACUGGUCUGGGAAAGACCUUCAUCGCAGCUACGAUCAUGCUCAACUGGUUUCGCUGGACGGAAGACUCGCAAAUUAUAUUCGUAGCGCCUACAAAACCCCUGGUCUCCCAGCAAGUAUCGGCAUGUUUGGAUAUCGCCGGAAUACCGCGCUCAGCGUCAACCAUGCUGACGGGAGGUGCUUCACCCGGUAUUCGUGCCGAAGAGUGGAAAUCGAAGCGAGUUUUCUUCAUGACUCCUCAGACUCUGAUCAACGAUUUAAAGACCGGAAUUGCUGACCCAAAGCGGAUUGUCUUGCUGGUCGUUGAUGAAGCUCAUCGCGCGACGGGUGCAUAUGCAUACGUGGAAGUAGUCAAAUUUCUUCGACGUUACAAUAACAGCUUCCGUGUUCUCGCCCUCACAGCUACUCCGGGCUCGACGGUCGAAUCGGUGCAGGCAGUUAUCGAUGGUCUGGAUAUAGCGCGAGUUGAGAUUCGCACAGAAAACUCGAUUGACAUUCGUGAGUAUGUACAUGAUCGCAAUAUUGAAAUCGAAACAUUCGAGAACACAGAUGAAAUGAUUUUCUGUAUGGAUCUCAUGUCUACGGCUUUGAAGCCCCUGCUUGAUCAACUGCACACCCUCAAUGCUUAUUGGGGACGUGACCCAAUGGGACUCACUGCAUACGGUCUCACAAGAGCGAGGCAGCAAUGGAUGCUAUCCGAUGCUGGGCGAAAUGCCCAUUUUGGUCUUAAGGGCAAAGUCAACGCCAUUUUCAGCGUCCUUGCUAGCUUGGCCCACGCCAUCGAUUUGCUUAAGUAUCAUGGCAUUGUGCCAUUUUAUAAACACGUCAGCCAUUGGAAGUCUGGCGGCGAGGGACAAAAGGGUGGAGGUGGCAAAUAUCAAAAGCAAGUUGUGCAGGAUGAAAGUUUCAAGAAACUAAUGGGCCAUCUUGAACCUUGGAGCAAAAACCCGGAAUUCAUUGGUCAUCCUAAAUUGGAAUAUUUGAAGUCAGUAAUCCUGAACCAUUUCAUGGACAGAGGCGAAGGAAAGGAGACGGCCGAUGGCAUGGCCGAGCCAGCAACCCGUGUCAUGAUCUUCGUUCAUUUCCGUGACAGCGCCGAAGAGGUCACGAGAGUGCUCAAAAGAUACGGACCUAUGAUUCGGCCCCAUGUCUUCGUCGGUCAAUCAAGUGCCAAGGGCUCCGAGGGCAUGGACCAGAAAACCCAACUGCGGAUAAUUGAUCAAUUCAAGAAAGGCACAUACAACACGAUCGUUGCUACCUCGAUUGGCGAGGAAGGAUUGGAUAUUGGAGAAGUGGAUCUCAUUGUGUGCUACGACUCCUCAGCAUCGCCAAUUCGUAUGCUGCAGCGCAUGGGUCGAACGGGUCGUAAGAGAGCCGGUAACAUCACAUUGUUGUUGAUGAAAGGUAAAGAAGAAGAUUCCUACGUCAAAGCCAAAGACAACUAUGAAAAGAUGCAACAAAUGAUCGCCAGUGGCUCCCGGUUCACAUUCCACGACGAUCGUUCCGCCCGCAUCUUGCCCGCGGGAAUUCGUCCGGUGCCUGACAAACGACAAAUCGAGAUUCCUCCAGAGAACUCACAGCAAGAACUUCCUGAGCCGAAACGCAAGGGUCGAGCGCCAAAGCGACCCCCCAAAGUCUUCCACAUGCCCGAUGGCGUGGAGACAGGCUUUACGAAAGCUUCGACUUUGGACGGCGACAAACCUAAGAGGAAAGCUGCUCCCAAAAACCCUACUCCAAAAAAUUUUACUUCCCAAAAGCGCGCUCGAACCCCCACACCUGAACCCGUGGACAUCCCACCCAUCGAGGAUGUAGUUCUCAGCUCGAGCGCACAAAGGGAUCUAGAGAAAAACUACCAGAAUGUCGGAGCCACGUCUCCGCAGUUCAUUCGAUUCCCUCGAAAUGACGCGUUCCCACACCUGCAGCUCGUGCCCAGACCUACAAAUAAAGUGAAACAUGGAUCUCACACGCGGCGCAUGAUAGCUGCAUUGAAAAAGAUGGACGAGGCCGACCCUGCCUGUGAUAGUCGAUACAAGGAAAUUCUUGCCCGUGAACCGCCGAUUUCAGACAAAAAUAGUCUUUGGUUCGAACCACCGGCCGAGAAAGUAAAGGUCAGUUGCAAGCAUUUGAAAACACCUUCCAAAGCGACUUCCAAGCAUGCUCCAGUGAAACAACCUGUACUCCCUGCUGGCGGGGAGGUCUUUUCGCUAUUGUCUCCGGAUCCAGAACCGAAGAGGUCGAAUCUGGACUUUCUGGAUGACGAUUUUGAUGACGAUUCGGAUUUUGAAUUGCUCGAUGCGAGUGUUUUGUUUAGUAGUACUCGAAAACCGAGUGCUGCUGUUCUUCAGGAUAGUGACGAGUGA